UCUUCCACAUGGCAUGAUGACAAGACACGAAUCCCUUUCGCAAAGCGGCACACACUUCAUCGUCGUCAUGGGACCAAAAGCCUCUUUGUUUUUUGAUGUGAUUCCAUAAAUGGGUGCGAGCGAAGCGCGCCGCAUCCGGACCCCCGUGACCGUCGAACACGGCGAAAAAGAGCCACAGGCCGCGGUGGACCGUUACGGGGUUUCGCGUGGCGGUUCGAGGGAAUCGAGGUCUGUCGGAGAGUUGAGCUACGCUCAUCGUCCUGAACGUACGAGGCAGAGUAACUUUUCACCGCCACUGUUUUAUGACAGGCUUCCAGCCAUGUCUUCUGCGGUGGAUCUAAAGACGAAGGAAGAGAAGGAUGCUGAGCUGGACAAAAGGAUUGAAGCUCUACGGAAGAAGAAUGAAGCUUUGGUCAAGAGAUAUCAGGAAAUACAGGAAGAUAAGAAGAAGGCUGAGCAGGAGGGCAUCGCAGUGACAACACCUCGCAAACCUCGCACCCAUGAGCCUGAGUCAGAACGAAGAAAGACUGAUAAGGAAAAUUUGACAGUGAUUGACGAGUCUGGGGUGGCUGGGGAGAAGCGUGUGGUGAAUGACAGAAAACCAACUAGUAACCGUGGUGAUGGUCCUGAAGAAGGAGAGUCCAGUCGGCCUCACGGUGAAAGCCCCCCCAACAGAACCGCCUCUGGUCGGCUGAGCAGAGGGUUCCACCGCGGGGGCAGAAGAGAACCUCGUCCGAACAGAGGUGAACCAUGGCCAGACAGGAAAUCUCAGGAUGAUGAAGGCGGAGAUGGGCCUAUCUUUGCAGAACGCACCCCCAGGGGAGGACGCAGAGGAGGAAGAGGCGGCGGAGGAACGCCAGGAGCCUCAGACAGGAAAUCAAAAGAGUGGGAGGAGAAGAGAAGGCAGAACAUAGAGAAAAUGAAUGAAGAGAUGGAAAAGAUUGCAGAAUACGAGAGCGGUCAACAGGCUGAUGGAGAGAAGUACCCCAUUAGGAACUUCCUGGAUGACCCGCGACGUAGUGGACCAGUCCCAGAGGUUGACCGCAAGGAGGGAAGCCGACGUCACAUGCGCAACUGGGGUGGAGUUGAAUUUGACAAUGUGAAGACAGGAGCCGAGGUUGAGAAAGAAUGGACGAAUCGUAGGCCAAGUGGCAGAGGUUCAGGGGAUAUGACUCUGUCUAUGACGGGCCGCGAGAGAGCUGAGUAUCUGCGCUGGAAAAAGGAGCGCGAGCAGAUUGACGAGGAACGAUUGGCUCGUCACCGUAACGCCACCGGCCAGUGGAGACGAGAGUGGGACGCCCAGAAAACAGAUACAAUGUUUAAGGAGGACUCUCCAGCUGUGGAAGUAGAGGGAACACCAGAUCAAAGCAACAGGAGAGCAUCUAGGGGGCGCAAUGCCCAUGUACAGCAACGCAGUGGACUUUCAGAAGAUACCAAGAGACCACCAAAGAUACCAUCCUUAGGGGACUUCUUAGGACAGGGCAAAACCAGACCGGGAGGACGUGGCAGAGGGAAGGGUCGGGGUCAAGGCAAGAGCUACAGCAUGCAUGAUAAUCGCUGGGAUGGAGAACAUGAAGAGGAGAAAGGGAGGAAAGAGGAACAAGAAAAGGAGAAGGGGGAGAAAGAUAAAGAGACGGAAAACGAAAAGAAAGUUGAAAAGGUCAAAGCUCUACCAUCAGAGAAGACAGAUGAUGGAGGACUUGCUGAAGAUGAUGAAGAGGAAUGGGAAGAUGCCAGUGAUGGUGAGGUGGAUGAGGGUGAGGAAGAGGGAGAGGGAGAGGAAGAGCUCGAAAAAACAGAGCAUGAGGAAGAAGAAAAAGAAUCCCCAAAAGAUACUAAACCAACAGAAAAGUCAUCUACCUCUUCUGGACCAUCUACUCCUAGCCCAAAGGAACAGAGAGCUCCGAGACCUAAAGUCCAUAUUCCAUCCCCACAAGAAGCUCUCAGCACACCCGAGGGUCCCAAACCUCUCAGUCCUUUCUUUCCGCUGGACAGCCACCAACCAGUGUCAGACUGGGGUGAGGAAAUGGAGAUGUUGUCUCCUAAAAGUAGUCUUGGAGAGAGCCCUCUGAGGCCAAGCAGUAGUGAAAACAGUCCAGCCCAGUCGAAGGCCGAACAUAAUACGACUAGCAGCCCGAGCCAUGCAGAAGAGCCAGAAAAAAGUGAAAAUACAUCUACAGUGAUGGAAUCAACUACCUGUGAAACCCAACAAGAGGAAGUACCAGCUAAAUCCACAGAAAAUGCCCCCUCAAACCAAGACACAGCAGAGCCAGCUGUGCCGCCCACCCCAGACAUCACAAGACAGACUGAAGACAGUGAAGCCCCGGCUGUAGAGCCAGAUCAGAGCCAGCCUGAAUCAAAGACUAAUGAGGACGUGACAGCGGACCAAUCAGAGCAAGCGUUCUCAGGUGCUGUUCUUAUUACCAGCUUCGAGACUGUGGCUUUUCGAAAGAAGUCUCUUACUUUGGCUGACGGCUAACAAUUAACCAACAUCUCCCUUGUUUCUGCAAUCUUGAGUCUCUAUCUAUCCUGCUCCCCAAUGUCAUGUCUUCUUGUACGUCCCCGUGUUCAACUCUCACAUGGCAUGACAUGGCGUCUCUGCUGUUGGCUUUAUCUCUUUGGUCUUUGACAAAUGGGAAUGCAGCACUUAACUCCUCAGGCUGUGACACUUCUCACUUCCUCUGGGACUGAUUGCACCCGUCUGUGGCUUCACACUGGCUGUCAUUCUCUCCUCUGUGAACCUUGCACACCUCCUCCUGCACCACUAAUAUUCCCGGAUCCCUCUCAUGAACCCCUUUGAUUUUUUUGCACCUCUCCCCGGAUGAUGAUUGAAUGUGGGUUUUGUGUUUUCCCCUUUCAUGCAUGUUAUGAACUGCUUGAGCAAAUUAUUUUGGCUGCUCGAACUGAAUGUAAUUUUGUAAGUGCAAACGCAUGUUUGUAUGUCAUUUUGUGUGCAAAAGGGAACUUUAAACAUUUGACUCAUUUAUUAACAUCUACCCAAGAGUAUCUCAUAUGCUUAGGAUCAUUAUUAUUGUGCAUGAGAUGCUUGGCUGUUCUACCAGAACUACUGCUUUGGAUUGUAGGUCUUUAUAUUACACAGGGUAGACCAAAUGUAUUUAUAAACAGGCUCUUUUAUUGUCAUUUUAAUGUUCUUGUAUGUUUUUAGACUUUGCGUCUAGAUAUCUUUUCCGUAGCAAAACAUUAUUCCACUGCUCUACAAGUUAUACAGUACAUUUAAGUAGCACGGGAACAUUUUUAAUUAAAGACAAAAAUACAUUGUAUGGGUCAAAUUGAUCGAUUUUUCUUCUAUGCCAAAAGUCAUUCGAAUAUUUAGUUAAAAUAAAAUAAAUAAAUAUUUAGAUAUUUUGUACAUUUCUUCCUUAAAUAUAUAAAAAUUUGUUUUUGCGAGUGGAUGGCCUGCUACAGCACCUCUGAUUAACAACUUCAAAGGACAUUUUCUCAAUAUUUCUUUUUUUUUGCUCCCAUAGUAAGUUUCAAACUGUUUCAUCUCCGCCAGAUAUUGUCUUAUCCUAACAAACCAUACAUCCAUAGAAAGCUUAAUUAUUCAGCUUUCAGAUGAUGUAAAAAUUGCAAUUUUGACCAUAAGACUGGUUUUGAUGUCUGGGGUCACAUUUGAUCACACCAGGAUCUUAAUAUGCAAUUGGUUCUAAAUUAUGCUACAAAAUUGCUGUCAGAUUACUAUACCUGAUUCCUUGUUUUAUAGUUGUUGCAUUGUGCUGCAUUAACCUCAAACAAGGACCCUUGGCAAAAUCCACCAUAGUUUUAUUAUAGAAAAUCAGUUUUGGGUUUACCAAACACUGACGGGACCUAACAAUUUGCAUUUGUUUUGUGUCCAUGCAAUAGAGGUGAAUGGGUACCGCUGUUGUUCGGGUACCAACAUUAUUCUGCAGAACACGAAAGAAGAUAUUUUGAAGAAAGUCAUACAGGUUUGAAAUGACAAGAGGUUGAGUAAAAAUGACAGAAUUUUUCGGUAAACUGUCCCAUUAAAAUCUAGCCAGAGAAAGGCCGUCAUCAUGCUGGAUUAACAGCUGUAGUGUUUUCUUUAGUCUCUAUUCUUUUUCCCUUUUAAUUAACCUUUGAGCCUGUAUAAACCAGCCAGUGUUUGAUGUUUUUUACACAUCUUAAUGUUGUGACAGGAGUGUUGAAUUUUUAGUUUGUACUGUUGUCACAUUGGGCAAGUUGCUGGCAAAUAAAUAAUGUGCUGCUUGUUACUCGUAUGAUUGUAUGUCUGCAUGUCCCUUUCAUCCAUUUGAGUCGAGUAGAAUCGAUGCUUGUGUUUUGUAAUGUCACUUUCAAGGGGCUCCAUCCCCAAUCAGUCAUUUGGGGUCACUGUCCUCCUUCACCCUCCCGCUCAUAAUUUUUGUCAUGACAUCACACAAGUCCUUUAUUAUGUCAAUAAUUGGAGCUAAUGAGAGGAAAGAUUGAAAUCUAUUUUUCUAACUAAUUCCUCGAUUUGAAUUGCAAUCUUUUUAAACCAAUGUGCACAUGUGCCCUUGAAAUCAACACAAAAGCUAAUGGCUUAUUAGCAGAAUGUUUGCCUGAGCAACAUGAUUCUUGUAUGUCUUAAAAUUGGAUUACUUUCCUGCAUUUAGCCUGUUUAAUGGACAAAAACCUUUUUUCAUUACUGAAAAGCUUUUAUGAGGAAACUAGAAGUGGACUUGAAGAUCAGAGGAUGGUAAUGAAACUCAGAGGAAAUUAAAUUAACUCAUUGUCUUCGAUGGGUUUCACAUUAGGAACACAUUAAUUGCGGAGUUUGUAAAGUCAUAAGGAAACGCAACAAUUACAACCCAUACUUUUAAGUUUUUGUAAUAAUCGUUCACCUAACAACAAAUAUUCGAUCAUUACUCUGCAGAAAGUUAGGCUCUGUCAGCCUUGGUCACCAUUUACUUUCAUUGAUUUUUUUUCCAUACAAUAGUGAAGAGUGAAUAGUGACUGAGACUUUGAGUCGCUAGCAUUCUUAUUACCUUACCUUGUGUUGCACAGAAGAAAGUAAACCAUAUGGGUUUGAUACAGAAUGAGUAAGUUGGAGGAAAUCAUUUCUCUUAUUAUUUUUUGUUUGAACGGUCCAUUUAAAUCUAAGAAUGCAGAUUUGUUUUUUGGGUUUUAUCUUUGUUAAUCUUUUGAUCUCCUUGCUAUAUUUCUG